UUUGUAUUUGUUUACAAAUUGGAAAAAGUGUUCACGCGUGUUGUAUUUUAUUUAUUAUUUAAAACGAAAAUAUAAUAAACUUAUUGAAAUUAUUUAAUGAAAACAAAGAAAAAUAAUAACAAAAUGCCCGCCGUAAAAGCAGAACCUAAAAUAGAAGAUAAAUUAUUACAAAUAAAUCAAAAUCUAUUAAAAUUAACUGCUGAACCGGACAAGUUUCUCAUAGCUCAACCGGAAAAAUGUAAAGAUAUCGAGGAAAUGUUGCAGCAGAUGUAUGGUGUCACCAUAGAAAGUGAUAGAGCCAACCAAGGUAAUCCAGAAAUUUUGCCUGAACUGGUGGUGGAAGACAUGGAUGUGGAACAGAUAUGGCAACAGUUGGAAUUGCGUAAUAAUUUGGCCAUGAACGGCCUGAUCAAACAAACAGCCAAAUUAUUGGCUUUGAGGGAGGAAAAAUUGGAAGUUCACUUGAAAGAAGAUGAAGAUGAGGCCAAUGAAAUGCAAUUAGGCGAAGAAGAGGAAGACGAUGAUGACCAUGAAUUGCAAGAUUUAGAGGAAGAGGAGGAAGAAAAUGAAAUGGACAAUGAAGAAGACGAAGAUGAAGGCGAAGAAGAGGAGGAAGAGGACUUAUUUAGAGAAAAAUCUAAACCUAAACAAAAAUCUAAACGUAAAUCUGUAGUGGAUGACAAAUUCUUUAAAUUGGACGAAAUGGAAGCAUUCUUAGAAGCCGAGGAAGCAAAAGAAGAGAGAAAACAUAAAGGCAAAUUAUUGGCCAAAGAUGAUGAUGGCAUCAAUUACUUUGCUGAAGAUUUUAGAGAUGAAGGUGAAGAGGAUUCCGAGGAUGAGGAUUCAAAUCCUGCAUAUAAAGAUUUCUUUGAUGUGGAUGAAGAUUUAGAAGAGGAUGAGGAUAAAACAAAACGUAAAGAUAAAAAGAAACAGAAAGAUCAUUUUGAUGAUAACGCGCAAGAAGAGGACGAAGAUGAUGAAGAAGAAGAUGAAGAACAUGAUGAAAAUAUGGAAAAUGAUGGUGAAAAUAUGCACGAUGAAGAUGAUGAGGAAGAACAAGAGCAAGUGAAUGAGGAAAAACAGCCUUUAGCUUCUGGGGAAGAUUCAGAUGAUUCAGAAGACAGCGAAAAAGCCGAUGAACCUAAAUCCUCUUUUGAGCAAAGACAAGCUAGAUUGGAACAACGCAUACGUGAUUAUGAAUCAGAGGUUCUGGGAGAAAAACCUUGGCAACUUAAGGGUGAAAUACAGGCCACCUCACGUCCUCAGAAUUCUUUACUUGAAGAAGUAUUAGAAUUUGAAUCAACCGUACGUCCUGCACCCAUUAUAACCGAAGAAACUACCCGCUGUCUGGAAGACAUUAUUAAACAACGUAUUAAAGACAAAGCCUGGGAUGAUGUAGUGCGUAUCGUAAAACCUGUUAACACGCCACAAGAUUAUCGCAAAAAAUUAGUAUUGGAUCAGGAAAAAUCCAAAGAAUCUUUAGCCCACAUCUAUGAAAAGGAAUAUCAAAUGGAAAUGGAAAAACUCAAUCCCAACCGUGAUCCAAAUGAACCCGAAGAACCUAAAGAACAUCAGGAAAUACGCAAAAUGAUGCGUGAAUUAUUUGUUAAACUUGAUGCAUUAUCCAACUUCCACUUUACACCUAAACCUGUGGCACCAGAACCUAAAAUUAUUACAAAUACACCAGCUGUGGCUAUGGAAGAAGUGGCUCCCGUUGCCGUUAGUGAUGCUAAACUAUUGGCACCCGAAGAAGUAUUCCGUGGUCCGAAAUAUGAAUUGGUUGGCAAAUCAGAACGUACUAAGACCGAUAAGAAUCGUGCUUUACGCAAAAAGAAAUCAAAACAAAGGGCCAUACACAAUGCCUUGGAGGCCAAGGAUUUGGAACGCCAGAAGAAGGGUAUACCACUGACGAAGAAGGAAGAAAGUGCCAAGCUCAUGAAGAAAUUAACAAAACAGAGAAAUGUCGAAAAAAUUACAUCCAGCAACGAUCAAGGUGCAUUGAAAUCAUCCAAGGCCUUCUUCUCCAAAUUACAAGAUCAAGCAACAACUACCGUAAAACCAACAAAAAAGAAACAGGAUGCCAAAUCCUUAUCAGCGAAAAAGUUAAAAUUAUAGUCAAACUAAGUACAUAAUUGUUUUCAGUUAUUUUUUCUUUUUUAAAUUAGCAAAGUCAAGUAAAAUUUAUACAUACAUAUAUACAUUUUUUAUAUAAGUAUAUAAAAAACAGCAACAAUAAUAAAAAACCAAC